AUGCCACAGAUUCAUGCGAACCUCAGCAAGAAUGUCUCGGUUCCUUCAGUACAUGGCGGUGCUCUUUGGGCAGAUGACGUUAACUACCGUUUAUUCCUCUUCGGCGGCGAAUUCUUUAGCGGCAGCCCGACCACUUCGAACUUCAUGUCCUACGAUAUAUGGUAUGAUCAGUGGGAUGAUUUCGGACCGCCCUCCGACGAUAUCAAGCGCGUCAGUUAUGGGGCUGCUACAACUGUAAAGGAGCGAGGGGAAGGAUAUUACUAUGGAGGCUACCUUUCGAGAGCUUCUGUGCCCGACUGGAGCGGCGAACGACGUGCGACAUCAGAUUUAAUUCGGUACCAGAUGGACAGUGAUACUUGGGCCAAACUCUCAGGACCUGAUGAUAUUAAACGCGCUGAAGGAGUCAUGACAUUUAUCCCCGCCAGCGACCGUGGUAUGCUGGUCUACUUCGGGGGGUUUCAGGACCCUGGAGAUAAUGGCACCAUGGUCUCACAGCCAUUAGACGAGAUCUUUCUCUAUGAUAUGAUAUCGAACAAGUGGCACGUUCAGAAGGCAAACGGUACAAUUCCUGAGAGUCGGGGAAGAUUCUGUGCUGGAGCUGUAUGGGCAGAGGAUCGCAGCAGCUACAACAUAUACAUUAAUGCAGGACAUGGGAUGGAGGGGCCUGGAUUCGAUGACGUCUAUAUCCUCUCUUUACCUUCUUUCACAUGGAUCAAAAGCUAUCCUCUCGAUCAAAACGGGACAGGCUACUACCCAUCUCACAGCCUAUCAUGCGAUGUCGUCAACCAAGGCUCACAAAUGCUCACUAUAGGCGGCGCAUUCCCACAAGAAGAAACAUGUGAUGUCGAUGAGGUUUGGGGAGUUCACAACAUCGAUCUAGGCAACCGGAUCAAAUCAAACUUCAAGAAGGUCUGGGCAGGCUAUGAGCCGAGUCUCUUCGGCUAUAAGGUUCCUGGGUUUGUGACGAGUGUUAUUGGGGGGACGGAAGAUGGAGGCGCAACCAAGGUCAAGCCUGACCAGGGAUUUGUUAAUCAUGAUCUUGGCACGUUGCUAAGCAUGAAGGCAGUUUUUACCAAUCGUACAAGGCUUGAUGAUGGACGCACUGAUCCUAAGGCCGCUGCAUCAGAAGGAGGAUCAAGCUCAAAAUCAGGACUGUCUACAGGGGCAAUUAUUGGUAUUGCUGUUGGCGCUGGAGUUGUCGUGCUGGCAGUUCUAGUUGGCCUAUGGCUGAUGCGCAGGAACCGAAAGGCGAAGGUUAAUGUCCAGUCAGCUCCCACGACAGAAUCAUUUUACUCUGUCCCAUAUAUGCCGCAAAUCUCAAGCCCGCUAUACUUCCCUCACUCUCCCGACAGGUGGCGCCGCGGAAGCCCCGGAGUUCAAGAGUUUGAGGGGGAAGACCCAGGUCAGGUUCACUACUGGAGACCGUUUCAGGUCAACGUGGAGCCGUGUGAGAUGGAUGGGCAAGGGACCAGAACACCCGAGACUCACACCGAGAUCGAGUACAUUAGAAGCCGUGGAAUCUCUCACUGA